AUGGCUAUGGAUGCAUUGAAAAACCUUUCCAAUAACGUCCCGGGCUGGCUCAAGCAGCUAGACGACCUCAGCGGCCAGAUCGAUCAGCGCCAAGCUGAGCUGGCCGCUGUUGCUGCAGCUGAGGGAAAGAACCCCGAGACAAAGUCCAUACGCAACAAGGGCUCGACCGAGUCUCUCCGGCCGAAAGAUGACGUGCCUAUGACUUCUGCCCCAGAGCUUACGCCCGACGAUACCAUCCCCGAAGAUUCUCCCCUCGUGGCGACCGAGCCCUCCACACCUCCUGUCGAGGCCAAGAAGGAGGAAUCCGCAGUCUCUCCACCCAGCCCAUCCGCCGUGAAGCAGUCUCAGGAAGCUAUCAAAGCAGCACGCACGCGAGUACGACAACAAGUCAAGAGGAGACAACGGUCGUCGUCAGUGGUAUCCGCUGAGGGCGCUCCUCCAGCAUAUCGAACACGAAGCAUGAUCAUUGUGUAUUAUGAUAGCUAUGUGCAAGGCUUCUUCGACGAUCUCGUGAGAUUCGUGUCAUCCAGCCGAAAUCUUAUGCGAAAGGCCAAGAUGGCCGCAAAGGUUGCCCAGAUCAAGCGCCUAGCCGAGGUGGAUAUGUCUGAGGAGGGCAAGAAUGACAGUGAUGAUAGUGGCCUCGAGGCCCUUCCUUCACUGAGGUAUAUGAGCACACGACGUUUCAACCCAAUGUCAUCAAUAUCUCGACCUGGCUUCGGGCCUGGGAAAGAUCAACCUCCGGAUGUGUACGAUCGACUGGACAAGAGCCUAGAAAUUGUGCAGAGCAUGUGCGAGCACGGCGCCCACCAGUUCUUGCGCGACGGCGAUUGUAACGAUGAGAUCACAAAGGUGCAGAAGCAGCUUACCGAGGUCCUGGAAGUGGCAACCAAGGAGAUGGAACGUGUGCAACGCGAGGAGCCUGAGCUUGCCAAGGAGACGGGCGAGCUGGGCAAGAUCCGAACGCGCCGACCCAUCAGCAUGCGCCGCGAGAUGUCUCCCGGCCUCAAGGACGGGGCAGCGAUGCCAGCCGGCCAAGAUCCCGAAAAGCUUGAGGCUGCCAAGCCUGAGGACCAGCCUCCAUAUGUUUUGGACUCAGACGCGCCUCUCGAGGUUGACCCCAACAUCAUUGAGGCCGACGAAGGCAUCGACAUUGAUAUGGAGGUGCCCAAGCUUCAGUACCGAUCAACUCGAGCCAUGCGGAGUCGUGGGCCCUAG